AUGUCGUUAUCUCCCUCCAAUGCAACUUCACCAACGCCACUAGGUCGAUCAGCCCCGAGAUCCCGGAGCGGCUGCUGGACAUGCCGAACUAAGAAGGUCAAAUGUGACGAGAUACGUCCUGUUUGCCGACGGUGCCUACGCCUCAAGCUCAGCUGCGAUUACGCACCCCGGCUCCGUACCUUUCCCAAAGGGUCUCCAGCUGGAACGUUUGUCCACUCAAGUCUGGACUUCUCUUGCGUUGAGCCGAAACGUCGUAAAGAUGCACCAUACAAGUCUCUUUGUGGCAGUCCUCGGCCUGAAAGUGAGGGGAUAUCCCCCUCAUUGAGCACACCUCUCCAAUGGGGCACUUACGGGAUGGAACUCGGCAGUGAAGAGAUUGAAGCGAUACAGUACUUUCGGGAGUCAUUUUCGUCGCUGUACAUCAUAAAGAAGCCACAGUACUCUGCAUUUGCGAUUAUGCUACGCCUUGCUACGAAUGAACCCCUUGUGCUACAUAUGAUCCUUGCGAUUGGAGGCUGUGAAGAUGGGCGCUCAAAAUACCGAACACUCGGGCUCAAGCACUAUUCCGAGGCAUUGAAAGAACUACACAUCAUACUGGACGAUAAAGAAGCAGCCAAGUCAGCCAAUCUCGAUUCACUGACGAGUGGAUUGGUCCUCAUGAUUAUGUAUGAACAACUCCGUGGCGACACCAGAUGCAAGGGACUUGCCAGUCAUCUGAACGGAGCAGCACUUAUCUUCAAGCAUCACUAUGCUGAUAUCCUACAACGAGCCAGAGAUACCAGCCAGAUGGACGCCACCGCCUCAUCUUUUGGACUCGGCGGCCAGGUCACCAAGGUGCUCUGCAGAACCUUGCCAGAAGGUAACGACAAGAGCAGUUUGCCGACGGGCCCAAUCGGAAGACUAUCUAGUCUCCACGCUUAUUCUGGACCGCUUUACCGUUUGGUCUGGGGCGAUGACUACCCCGCAGUAGAGCUGGUGCAUGAUCUAGAGAAUCAGCAGGUCUUUGAACUGCUCGAAGCUAGUGUUCAGCUGCGGAAGGUUGAGGCAACGAUUCAAGAAACGAGCGAGGGCUACAUGAACAUCCUUGCCUUUGCAUCACGGCUCACUUCAGCCACUGAUAACUCUCACUCCAAGGUACCAACUAUACGCUGGAUAGUACCUAUAUACUACACCGAGGUACUCGAUUUUCUCCGCAUCGCCAGAACCAUACACCCUCCGCUAGCGAUAGCACUAGACAACAGUAAAACAAUCCGUAAUAUCAUGAAUCUCGCUUUCCAAGCUUACCAACACGGAGGAGAUGUGGCCAUGGUUCGGAUUGCCCGUCCGCUAUUCAUGGUGGCGUAA